ACCGCGAUAUGAUUUACAAACCCCGACGAAUAGUCGCGUCACAUCCGUGAUUAUACUUCUGACGUGGGUAACUUUUUUUUUUUUUGUAAAAAAAGAUUCAAAUCUGUGCAACAUAAGAAAACAACCCGCUAUUAUCAUUUUGACUAUCUCUUCUUAUCCGGACAAACAAAUAAAACACUAUAUCUCACUGUUCAAACAGUUUCAAAAUUGCUCUAGACACAAACAUAAUAUCUGCGAAGUCCCAUUCGCUCAGUGCUUCGGUUAACAAUAUCCGCUGCAAGUUGACUUCAUAGUGAUCGUAGUAGGCCACCCCAUAGAAUGAAACAAUUUCUACUUCUUGGAUUGCUAUUUUGUGCAAUAUCAACGCUGAAUGCUGCUACCGACAAAGUGUUUUGUUACUUCGCCAGUUCGGCAGCUACUCAACAGGGCAGCGGGAAGUUCGAAAUUGAAGACAUCAGCACUAAUCUGUGUACCCAUAUAGUUUACCGCUAUGUGGCCUUGGAUCCCAACACCUACACGGUUCGUCAUGCGGAUUCGUGGAGCGACAUCAAUCUGCAGGGAUUCAAGCGGUUCGUAGCGUUGAAGCAAACGAAAUCAACUCUAAAGUUGCUUCUUGAAGUUGGCAGUCGAAGCGAAAGUUCGGCACCCUACUCCCGCAUGGCAUCGUCGAGCGUGACUCGCUCGGCUUUCAUUCAAUCGCUCGUUAGCAUGCUGAAGACAUACGGCUUCGAUGGAUGUGAUCUGGACUGGGAGUAUCCGGUGCUGCGUGGUGGAAAUCCGGAAGAUCGUGUCAAUUUCAUCGCUCUGCUGUCGGACAUGAAAACGCGCUUCAACGGCGAAGGUUUGCUGCUAUCGAUCGCAGUAGCCCCAACGAAAGAUUUUCAUCGCUCAUCGUACAAUGUGCCGGAGAUCAAUAGGUACGUAGAUUUUGUGAACUUGAUGACGUUCAAUUUGCAUGGCUACUGGGAUGCACAGACGGGACACAAUUCGCCGCUGUAUGCUGCCACGUGGGAAACCGAUUCGGUGACCAGUCUGCUUAAUGUGGAUGCAUGUGUUCGUGGUUGGAUAGACAAUGGCCUGGAAGCUAGGAAACUUAUUCUGAGUAUUCCCAUUCACGGCAGAACAUUCAAGUUAGCUUCGACCACGGCAACCGGUGUUGGUAUGCGAACGGUAGGAGCUGGAACAGAAGGACCGUACAGUUUAGAAGCAGGUAUCCUCUCUUAUCAGGAGGUAUGCGAGUUACUUAAAACAGGCCAGUACAGAAAAGUGUGGGACAAUGUACAACAAGUGCCCUAUGCCUUCGCCGGUAAUCAGUGGAUUUCGUUCGAUGACGUUGAUUCAGUUGCGCUCAAAGCGACCUACGCGAGAAAUAAAUAUCUUGGUGGUGUCAGCCUCUGGACAAUCGACUCCGAUGAUAAUCGUAAUGUUUGUGGCGGGGGACUGUAUCCAAUCGCUUCCACUGUUAACAGCGUACUGUUCGGAUCCGUUGGACCUAUUACGACCCCUACCACGGCGAGAACAACAACGACUACAACCACAGCUAGGACAACCACAACUACACCCAGAACGACAACGACUACGCCCAGGAUAACUACGACGACAGCAAGAAAUUCGGCAACCACCGUUAGUAUUGGCGAUAUCAUUUGUCCAGCUUCCGGUUUCGUGCGAGAUCCAACGGAUUGUAGAGCAUUUUACCAGUGUAUCCCUGGAAUGACACUUUUCCUAAAUUGGCGUAAAGUGUGCGGGGCUGGACUGUUCUUCGAUGAAACGAGUAAUACGUGCAACUAUGAAUAUUUCGUCAAAUGCUGAGUCCCAAGAUUUUUGGGUAGAGCUUAUUACAUAUUUCAUACUUGAACCUCAAACAUUUGACAUUACAAAUGUUUUAAGAAGAACAGCGCGUCUAAUAUCCUUAGUUAUAAGUUAAGAUUUUUGGAAUUUUU